AUGGAAGAAGAAAUACAACAGCUUGGAGAAAUUGCUGGUAGAGAUUCACAAACUCAUGAAGAAGGUGGUGGUGCAGAUGGACAGGUAGGAACAUUGCAUGCAGAACACAUUGACGUUGGUGAUAUCACAGACGAUAAAAGUAGUGACUUGAUAUCUCAAGGGGUUGAUUCUGUAAAUACUGUUGUGGACGAUGACCUUUUUGAGCAGGUAUCUUUGAAAGAUCAAGACAAGAAUGUUGAUGUUUUCAACCAAUCUUUGAGUUCAGACAAUUUGAGAUCAUCAUCUGGUGGGAGCGAGGACACCUUUGAGUUUUCAUUUGGGAAAGUGACCUCGGGAUUGGAUUCUCCCCCAGCUGCUGAGGUGCACCAUGGUCACCAUACUUCGAGCCCUGGGCCUGAGAGACAACCAGUUCCCCACAUCAGACAAUUCUCCUCUUCUACUAGUCUUGAUUCUUCUUUUUAUUCUUAUGGGGAUAGUGGAGUGUCUCCUGUGGGUUCGCCACAAAAGCCUAAGCCAAAAAGUGUUAUGCCGAAUGUCUCUCCUGAGCUCUUGCAUUUAAUUGAUUCUGCUAUUAUGGGGAAGCCUGAAAGCUUGUUCAAUUUGAAGAAUAUUGUCAGUGGUAUAGAGAGAUUUGGAUAUAGCGAGGAGGCUGAGAGUAUUGCUCUCUUGGUAGUUGAUUCGCUUCUUGCCACAAUGGGAGGUGUGGAGUCUUUUGAAGAGGAUGAGGAUAACAAUCCUCCCAGUGUUAUGCUGAAUUCGAGGGCUGCCAUUGUAGCUGGUGAACUUAUUCCUUGGCUUCCUUGGCAUGGUGAUUUUGAGGGUAUCAUGUCCCCCAGGACUCGAAUGGUUAGAGGAUUGCUUGCUAUAUUGCGUGCUUGCACGAGAAAUAGAGAGAUGUGCUCUGCAGCUGGUUUGUUAGGAGUUCUUCUGCGAUCAGCUGAGAAGGUUUUUGUUUCGGAUGCUGGUUCAGGUGGUUUGGCAGAGCAAUCAAGAUGGGAUGGAACUCCUUUAUGCUAUUGCAUUCAGUACUUAGCUGGGCAUUCGCUCAGUGUAAGUGAUUUGCAUAGGUGGUUUCAAGUCAUUACAAAAACUCUUACCACUGCUUGGGCGGCUCGUCUAAUGCUUUCUUUAGAGAAGGCUAUGGGUGGGAAAGAGUCAAGGGGUCCAGCAUAUACAUUUGAGUUUGAUGGUGAAAGCUCUGGUCUUCUUGGUCCCGGCGAGAGCCGUUGGCCUUUUGCUAAUGGGUAUGCCUUUGCUACAUGGAUCUACAUUGAAUCGUUUGCAGACACUCUAAAUACAGCAACUGCUGCUGCUGCGAUUGCUGCUGCUGCUGCAGCAACAUCGGGGAAGUCAUCGGCUAUGUCAGCUGCUGCUGCUGCCAGUGCACUAGCUGGUGAAGGCACCGCACACAUGCCAAGGCUUUUCAGUUUUUUAUCUGCUGAUAAUCAGGGGAUGGAGGCAUAUUUUCAUGCCCAAUUUUUGGUGGUUGAAAGUGGUAGUGGAAAGGGAAAGAAGGCUUCUUUGCAUUUUACUUAUGCAUUCAAGCCACAGUGUUGGUAUUUCAUCGGUCUAGAACAUACUUGCAAGCAGGGGCUGCUAGGGAAAACAGAAAGUGAGCUAAGGUUGUACAUUGAUGGAUCCUUGUAUGAAAUUCGUCCAUUUGAUUUCCCCCGAAUCUCCAAGCCACUUGCAUUUUGCUGCAUUGGGACUAAUCCCCCGCCAACUAUGGCUGGUUUGCAGCGUCGUCGUCGUCAAUGCCCCUUGUUUGCUGAGAUGGGGCCUGUAUAUAUCUUUAAGGAACCUAUCGGACCAGAGAGGAUGGCUCGAUUAGCUGCUAGAGGAGGAGAUGUGCUUCCUUCCUUUGGUAAUGGGGCAGGGUUACCAUGGCUGGGGACAAAUGACCAUGUACAGAGUAUGGCAGAAGAAAGUGCACUUUUGGAUGCAGAAAUUGGAGGAUGCCUUCAUCUCCUCUAUCACCCUAAUUUGCUGAGUGGGCGCUACUGUCCAGAUGCUUCCCCUUCUGGAGCUGCAGGUAUGCAUCGAAGACCUGCUGAGGUUCUUGGGCAAGUGCAUGUUGCCACAAGAAUGCGGCCCAGAGAGGCUUUAUGGGCCUUGGCAUAUGGUGGCCCCAUGUCUUUACUUCCCCUAGCUGUGAGCAAUGUGCACGAAAGUAGCUUGGAACCACAACAAGGGGGCCUCUCUUUGUCUUUGGCCACGACUGCUCUUGCUGCUCCUAUUUUCAGAAUUAUCUCUAUGGCCAUUCAACACCCUGGAAACAAUGAAGAAUUGUGCCGUGCAAGAGGGCCUGAAGUUUUGUCAAGAGUCUUAAACUACCUUCUGCAAACUUUGUCAUCUCUUGAUGUUGGAAAGCGUGAUGGUGUUGGAGAUGAGGAACUUGUUGCUGCAAUUGUGUCUUUAUGUCAAUCUCAGAAAUAUAACCAUGCCCUCAAAGUACAGCUCUUCAGUACACUGCUACUGGAUCUGAAAAUUUGGAGCUUAUGCAGCUAUGGACUACAGAAGAAGCUUUUAUCUUCGCUUGCAGACAUGGUUUUCACUGAGUCAUCUGUUAUGCGUGAUGCUAAUACUAUUCAGAUGCUUUUAGAUGGCUGCAGAAAGUGCUACUGGACUAUACGUGAAGGUGAUUCAGUAAGUACAUUUUCUGUGAGUGAGGAAACACGUCCUUUCGGUGAAGUCAAUGCUUUGGUUGAUGAACUUUUAGUGGUCAUUGAACUUCUAGUUAUGGCUGCACCUCCUUCAUUGGCUAUGGAUGAUGUGCGCUGUUUACUUGGGUUCAUGGUUGAUUGUCCACAACCAAAUCAGGUUGCCAGGUUGUUGCACCUGAUAUACAGAUUGGUUGUACAACCCAAUACAUCGAGGGCUCACUCAUUUGUAGAGGCAUUUAUGUCGUGUGGCGGCAUAGAAACACUUCUUGUUUUAUUGCAGCGUGAAGCAAAAGCUGGAGACCAUGAUGAUUCAGACUCUUUUAUCGAGAAGAAUGAAACUUUACGAGUCCAGCAAUCUGAUCUGAAUACUGGCUCUGGGGUUUUGGAAACUAGUCAUGCUGAUGAUGUAGUAUCCAUGGAGGAAAACGAAUUAGCUUCACAUGAAAAGCCAUUUGAACCUGAGUCUUUGUAUAAUGGUGGAAAUUCUGCUGCUUUUUUGACAGGGUCUAAAAUUGAACGGAUGGCAUCUGUCUCCGAGAAUCCUCUCAUUAAGAAUUUGGGUGGUAUAAGUUUUUCAAUAAGUGCUGAAAACGCGAGAAAUAAUGUCUAUAAUGUUGACAAAAGCGAUGGCCUUCUUGUUGGGAUUAUUAACCUUCUAGGUGCUUUAGUUAUAUCAGGGCAUCUGAAAUUUGGUACACUUGCUCCUCCAGAUGGGACCAACAAUCCUCUUGGUUUACUCGAGGGAGGAGGGACAAUGUUUGAUGAUAAAGUUUCUCUUCUACUUUUUGCUUUACAAAAGGCUUUCCAAGCUGCACCAAACAGACUUUUGACUAGCAGUGUCUACACAGCUUUGUUGGGUGCCUCGGUAUGA